UCUAUCCAGUAUUUGGUUUGGUUUGAGAAUCGAGAAGGAUAGCAUGUCACGUGUCACAUUCAUCUCUCGGCUUCACGCACUUCAAAACUUGCCACUCCAUCCCAACCUCCCUCCAUGUACUUUACCAUUCACAUCAUUCAGACAUUCACUCGAUCCAAAUCUAAAUAAUAGCAACUUGUGGAAAAUCACUAUUCGAACCGUGCAAGAGUGGUUUCGGCUCAACCAUGGACCGGUCUUCAUCGGAGAAUCUAAUUCUUGUAAACCGGGAACCAAACGGCGUCGCUAUCAUAACCAUUAACCGCCCCGGAUCUCUGAACUCCCUCACCCGCCCCAUGAUGGUGGACCUUGCUCAGGCCUUCAAGGCCCUCGAUCAAGACCACUCCGUCAAGGUCAUCAUACUCACCGGCUCCGGUCGAUCAUUCUGCUCCGGCGUCGACCUAACCGCCGCCGAGGACGUCUUCAAGGGCGACGUCAAGGACCCCGAAAGCGACCCCGUUAUUCAAAUGGAUCGCUGCCGGAAGCCCAUAAUCGGAGCCAUCAAGGGAUUCGCCAUCACCGCCGGGUUCGAGAUUUCACUCGCCUGUGACAUCUUGGUCGCCGCCAAAGGAUCCAAGUUCAUAGACACCCACGCCAGGUUUGGGAUAUUUCCUUCGUGGGGAUUGUCUCAAAAGCUUUCGCGGAUCAUAGGAGUCAAUAAGGCACGAGAGGUGUCCCUGACGGCGACGCCUUUGACGGCGGAGGUUGCUGAGAAAUUGGGUUUUGUGAAUCAUGUCGUUGAGGACAGUGAAGUGUUGAAGAAAAGCAGAGAAAUUGCAGAAGCCAUAAUGAAAAACAAUCAGGACUUGGUGUUGAGAUAUAAGUCGGUCAUAAACGACGGCAUCAAGCUUGAUCUUGGCCGUGCUCUUUCGCUUGAAAAGGAGAGAGCUCAUGAUUAUUACAAUGGAAUGACAAAGGAGCAAUUCAAAAAGAUGCAGGAAUUCAUAGCUGGGAGAAAGAAACCGUCCAAAUUGUAGCUUUUGAAUUUACUCUCAUGGUGAAAAGAAUACAUGUUGUUCUCCCCUUAGGGGUUGAUGUUUUACAUGUCAAUGUUCACAUUUGUUUUUUACAAUAACUGUUUCUAGUUAAAUAUCCAGUUAAGUCAUUUUCAUUUUAUUUUGAGUAUCAACUAGAUGUAUUUCAUCAACAGUUCUUAUAUGAAAAAUACUAAAUUUAUAGUGUA